ACUUAAGGGCCUGUUUGUCUGGCACCAUUUUGAACAAAAGUGACAGCGAAGCCGCCAUUUGGCAUUGGAUAAGUUGAGACCUGAGGCUGAGAACAACCAUGGCGGUGCAACUCAGCAAUGUUUACGGUACACCCAUCACCCAGCGAACAGCGGCGCCGCUGAUCGGGCGGCGAACGGCCACAUCUCUGGUGAGAGCGGUGGCCGGAAAUGCUCAGGAGCUCCUGAAGUCUGGCGAGGUUCAGGCGAUUAGUCCAAAGGAGGCGGCGGCGGCCAUGGAUUCCGAGGGGUUCAGGCUUCUGGACAUUAGGCCGGAGUGGGAGUGGGAGAAAGCUAGAGUGAGAGAGUCGAUUCAUGUGGCGCUGUUUGUGAAGGACGAAGACAAUGGACCGAUUAGUCUUGUGAAGAAAUGGGUGCAUUUUGGGUACAUUGGACUGUGGACUGGCCAGUAUCUGACGACCUUCAAUCCUGAUUUUAAUCGGAAAGUGGAGGAGGUUGUUCCUGAUAAGAACGCCAAGCUCCUUGUAGCUUGUGGCGAAGGGCUAAGGUCUUUGAUCGCAGUGUCGAAGUUAUACAAAGAAGGUUACAAGAACUUGGGGUGGUUAGCCGGAGGCUUCAAUCGUUCCGGCGAGAGUGACUUUCCGGCCGUCGAAGGGCCAGAGAAAUUACAAUACGCAACAAUCGGGGGAGUUUCUUACUACUUCCUCCAAUUGCUUAUCAUCUUGCAAGCCGUGGGUAAAACCCGCUGAGGCCAUCCAUUCGUUUUUAAUUCCUUUUAGUUUUUUGUAUGAUUUUACAACUACAUUGUUCUGAAUCAAAACUAAAUCUAGAUUUCUAACCA